AUGUUGUCAGAGGAUGAAGAACUCAUAGCUUUCUGCACUCCGAAUGGAAUUUAUUGUUAUAAGGUGAUGCCAUUUGGUCUUAUAUACGCAGGUGCGACCUAUCAGUGUGCAAUGCAAAAGAUCUUUAGUGACAUGCUUCACAAGAAUGUCGAGUGUUACGUUGAUGACCUGGUGAUCAAGUCACAGAAAAGAUAA